AAAAAUACCCGUUUGGAACCCACACAAACAAGCCGUCUUCUUGUUUCAUUCCAAGACCCACAACCUCAGUUUUUCCGAAUUAUCAAUUUUCCCACCUGUGCCUUUCUUCUACAUCAAAUUCCUCACAUGGGUACUCUUAAUUUUCCUUUUAUUUAGAUGGGUCUGCCUUAAAAUCCACUCAAAUGCAUUCUUUAACUUCCUAAUAUAAUACACACCUGAGCUCUCUGUUAUUUUGACCUUCAUAUAAUAGAAUUUGUUAUGGCUGUUAAGUUCAGUUCCUCCUCAUUCUCUUGCGCGGCCAAUUCUCUUUUCCCUCCUAAACCUAGAAUAAUUUCAAAGAUGACCUUGUUACAGAGACCAUAUAACAAAAAGCAACAUGAAAUUAUGCAGCUUCGAAAUUCUAAAGUCAAGUCAUGCCACUUUGUAUAUGGACUAUUGAAGUUACAAGGAAGGUUUCAAAAGAGGCAAAAGGUGCAAUGUGCCAUUUCCGAGGAUCAGUCACAAUACAUUGAACUCAAGCCAGAUUCUGCAGAACAAGUCAAUCAGCAUCUUGAUUCAGAAGAUAUCUCUUUGGCUGGUAGUUCAUCUAUCUAUCAUGAGGGAGCUAAUGGAAGACCUGGUUUAAUUUCAUUUUAUAAUCGUCCAUAUAAAAUAGAGGAUGAGAUCAAUACAUCUGAUCUUCAAAGGAGUCCAAGCAGUCUAUUAUGGCUUGUUGGUCCUGCUGUCCUUGUGGCCUCUUUUAUUUUCCCCUCACUUUAUUUACGCCGAAUAAUCUCCACAGUAUUUGAGGACUCUCUGUUGACAGAUUUCCUGAUAUUGUUCUUCACAGAAGCUCUUUUUUACUGUGGUGUUGCGGUUUUUCUUCUGCUAAUAGACCGUCUCAGAAGGCCUAUUGGGCCAGAUUCUACCACAAAUAAUAAUAGAACCCUCUCUCCUCAAUUAGGACAGCGGAUCUCUUCUGUUGCUGCCCUGGUACUCAGUCUAAUAAUCCCUCUUGUGACCAUGGGCUUGGUCUGGCCAUGGACAGGCCCUGCUGCUUCUGCUACUCUUGCUCCUUACCUGGUUGGUAUUGUUGUCCAAUUUGCAUUUGAGCAGUAUGCAAGAUAUCGGAAAUCACCAUCAUGGCCUGUCAUUCCAAUUAUUUUUCAAGUGUAUAGGUUGCACCAAUUGAAUAGAGCAUCACAAUUGGUGACGGCCCUGUCAUUCACUGUGAGAGGAGCUGAAAUGACUGCACAAAACUUGGCAAUAAACAAAUCUUUGGGUGCACUAUUGAAUGUCCUUCAGCUCCUUGGGGUUAUCUGCAUUUGGUCACUCUCAAGCUUCCUGAUGAGGUUUUUCCCUCCCACUGUAACAACUACGGAGUGAGGAAUGAACAUAAUUAGGAGUAGUAUUGUUAUCGUCCUGCUUUACAGAGUACAAUGCUGCAGUUUGGUCUUGUUCAGGUGAAAGAACUUAGAGGUCUGGCUCUUUUGCGGUGUUUCCGUGCUGCUGGCAAUUGAAACUUUUGUUAAAAAAGCAUCCAGGUUUGCUGAAAGAUUUAAGAAGUUUAUUGCAGGAUUAUUUUGAUGGAAAUGCUAAAAGCAGUAGAGAAUGAAAAAGGGUAACUAUCUUGCUUCUGUUUCUUCAGGUUUAUGUUUGCCAGGACCUAUUUUUGACUUUAUAUGAUUGGAACGCUGGACAGCAUUUAAUUAUUAUCAACACCCAUUUGUGACUUUGUAAAUUGAUAAUCUUUUGUCAUAGAUUGGCCAUAUUCAACAAUUGUGCUGUAAAAAUCUGGAGGGAUUAAAAUGAUGUAGGCUGCUUAUGUGGCAUCCAGACCUGGCUUCCUUUGGCAUCAACUUACUGGAUUGUGUAUCAAAAUAAAUCAUUGAAAUUUUUUAUUGUAUAAAUUUUUUUUAGUUGGACUUAUCAUUUAUUGAAU